CUACCACCCAUAUUGUUAACACGCACACACAUGCGCGCGCACACACACAACGGGCAUACUGCACUUUUUACAACUCACUUCUUGGAGGACCUCUCUGUCUUUGCUUCCUACUUUAACAACGCCAACAUCAGUGGGGCUAAAAGCAACUUAAGAUGAAGUCGUCCUGACCCCUCCUUUGCUCGGAGUGUCGCGAUGGCCGUGGGCCAGCCUGUCAACAUGAGUCUGAUGGACAUAUCGAAGAUCUUCUCCCUGCUCCAGCCCAAGGAGGAGGACGACGAGCAGGCUCGGGCCUUGAACGACGCCGUGGGCGCCGACGACGCAGCUCUGCUCUCCGAGCUCCUCGCUCAGGAGGAAUACCGGCGGUGCAUCAACACUCCGAGCGGCUGGGGGGUCCCGGUGACCCCCCUGCGCACCGCCGCUGCCCUCGGACGCCUGAGGUGCCUGGAGCUCCUGUUGGGGCACGGGGCGGAGGUUUGUCACCGUCGGCGGAUAGACGUUUUGGAUGUGAAGGCCCAGACGCCUCUGUUCACAGCUGUGAGUGGGAAACACUUGGACUGCGUGGCGGCCCUGCUGAAGGCGGGAGCCGACCCCAACGGCAGCCAGUACAACAACUGCUCCCCGGUGCUGACAGCCGCCAGGGAGGGUGACGUAGACAUUCUCCAGGAGCUGCUGCGGUUUGGAGCCGAGGUGGACGUCCGGCCAAAGGUCCCCGAGUGGGCCUCCAACGCCACAGCCUGCAGAGGGCCCCUGUACAUCUCAGCCGUCUAUGGACACCUGGGCUGCUUUAAGCUGCUCCUGCUACACGGGGCCAACCCCAACUAUAACUGCACGGAUGAGAAGAUGCUGGCCAGGAUCAAGCAACCCAAGACGGUUGUGGAGGUGUGUCUCCGUUACGGCUGUGGGGUGGAGUACAUUCAGCUGCUGGUAGACUUCGGGGCAGACGUCUAUCUACCUACACUCAUUAUUGACAAAACUACAAAGCAGAACGAAGCGCUACUGCUGCUGCUCAGAGAGAGAGUUUGUCCCAAAACACUGAUGUCACAGACUCGGCUGGCAAUCCGAAGACACAUCCCUUUUGCCGACAAGGACCCUGCAAUAGACAGUUUGGACAUACCUCUGGUCCUGAGGAACUACUUAAAGCACAUAAACGCUGAACCUGAGUGAUUUUAGUCUGAGUUUACCGAUUUUUCUGUUGUUCGAUUUUGCUUACUUGAUUUUUUUCCUCAAAUUUCCUCAGUGAGCAGGACAAGACAAAAACUGUAGCAGCAGUUUUGUCCUGUCGCACUCCUUGAACUUCUCCACAUUUUGUAGCUACCACCACACUUUAGUGGAUCUUAGUCCGAUUUUGAGUGACAGAGAAAAACACAAAAGGGAAUAAUUAGAAUGUGGAGGGGAAAACAGCAAUGCGUGAUUUUCUACAUCUUUGACAAAUUAAAAUGUUAAUGUGGUAUUGGUUUUAUUCAACCCCUGAGUCAAUGCAUGGUAGAACCAUCUGCUGCUGCUGUAACAGCUGCAAUUAUUUUUGUGGUACAUCUCCAAAAUACUGACAUCUUUCGCACUAUUUUAUAGAUCAAACUCAAGUUUGACAAAAAGUAGAACAUGAAGAUCCAUUUUCAUCUUGCUGUCUUGCAAACCCAGUUGGAUUUGGUCACGCUGUAACCGAGAUAUUCUGGCACAACUUGAUUAAAGGUAUGUAAGAAAUACCAGUGUACACAUUUCAGAAUCUUAUUUAUGUCAUUUUCCAAUCUAUCCACAGUCAUGCACUACUUUAAUCUAUCUCAUAAAAUAGAAAAUAUAUUGAAUAAUGUGGUCAUAGUCUAGUUGCAACAUCUGGAAAAGUUCAUUGUUGAAGCAUCACGCAAGCUCUUUAGAUCUCUUUGUGUGUUUCACCAACUAGGACAAAGGAUUAUCCAAAUGGAGUCCAUGUUGGAGGGAAAAUGUGUGUAAAGUGUAACACCGUGUCUGGCCACUAGAGACCACAGUCACACAGCACAAUGCUUCUGUCCCCAUUAGAGGCUCUUCAUGGGCAGCUUGGAUCAUCCAACCACGGUGUGUUUUUGCAUCAGCUUCAAGACCCCACUGAAUUUAGACCCGACUGAAAAAAAGACAUGCGCGCGCGCACACACACACACACAGGCUGUCUGAAGCGCACCAGGAUGUCUCAGAUCUCCGGGAGCAGAAAAGAAGAAGAAGAAGAAAAAAAAAUCUUGCAUCUUUGGACUUCAAAACAUCAGGAAGCGGAGUGAACAGCCUACGAUUCGGCGUGGCCAAGAGGGAGAUACGUUUGCGUAACUCCCAUUACUUAUUCAUCGCAGCAGAGUCAUAUGCAAACUACCGUUUGUGGCUGGGAGUGUGUUGAUUUUUUAAAAUUUAUUUCUGUGACGCGAUCGUGUUUAUCUCAUGCCCUUUAAUCUUUCCUUUGUAAUGUCUCCUGGAGGGAGUGUGUCAUGUGUUGGAAACGGCUCCUACAAACAGGACGUGAUGUCACGCGACAGGAAACUCAACAACAAUGCAACCCCGCCGUCCCCACUCUCUCUCUCACACACACACACACACACACACUGAUGCCUCGACACGACGUUCUGUAGAGGUUUUAUUUUCAACAAAAGUACAGCUAUAUCAGAUAUGGAUUUUUUUUUUCUUUACAGCGAAGUACAACAUAUUCCCAGUGCUUCUGAUUACAUCAAAACAUAUAAUGUACAUACAGUUGACAUCUCCACUCUCCCAUUCACAGUUUCUGGAUUGAAUAGGCAUUAUUUUUCAGGUUUUUAUCCAUUUCUACAACAAAUAAAGGCCAGCAAGAAAGAAAGAGAGAAAGAAAAGUAGAAGGAAAGAAAGAUAAAGGGGGAAAAAACACUGUUUGCAUAUGGUGUCAAAAAGAUGUGGAGUACAUUUUUCUGUGACAAAAAAUAAAAUAAAAUCCGGACCUCAAACCUGAUGGUAAUAUACAAUGAAAAGGUUUGCAAGUGUGGGGACUGAAGUCUUCUCGUCGUCACUGAACCACAUGAAUAUAUGGCUCGUUGAAGACUUUGUACCCUGACUACUCUGAAACAACACAGGACCCUAUAAUCAGCUGUGAGGAACUACUACUGAAUAUUCGGCGACAGUGCCUCGCAAAAGUUUCCAAACGUCUUGUACUUUUUUUCAAAUUAUGUCACAUUACAACUAGAAACUUCUCUGCAUAUUAUUGGGAUUUUAUCUGAAAGUUCAACACAAGGUUAUGCCAUAUUGAGAAGUGAUGAAAGCACGGUACACUGCUUAUUAUUAUUUUUUAUUUUACAAAUAAUAAUUUUUUUCAAUAUGGCCUGCAUUUCUAUACGAAACCCAGUUCGUCAUACAGCCACCGUUUUGGGGUUUCUUGCUGGACAGAGAGCUUUUAAGCAAAUGAGCUUAAAACAAAUGCAAACAUUUGUUUUAAAAUCUUGCAAUAAAUUCUCAAUUGGAUUUAAA